UGGUUUCAGCAGGAAGCGCUCUGUCGGUGUACAGCAGCAGCUAAGACAAACCGAGUAGAGAAACCAAAAGACACGCGGACGCACUCACUCGAAUGGUAUUUCGUCUCUUGUCAUCAAACGCAGAUGUCAAUCAUAGAAGAUCUUCCAGACAUGGAUGGAGCAGACCUGUUCGGGCUGCUGUUCCAUCGCGGCCAGGAUGGCUCCACUGAGCCCUUCUUUCCUGAUGAGAAUGGGCUCAUUGAGUCCUGGCUAUCUGAACAAGAUAUGCUGGCAGAUGUGGACACUGAAGACUUUCUGUCCAGCUUAUUAGAUGGAGAAGACAACACGGAGGCCAUCUGUCCCAUCUCUUCUCCACUGGGCAGCGACAGUGGCAUUUCUGAUGACAGCAGCUCCGGUCCUGGAAAUAACAACCAUGUUGGAUGUCCCAGUCCUCAUGGCAGUGAUAGUGAUGUUGUGCCCAGUCCCAGCUAUUCCCAGCCCAGCCCAGUGCACUCUGACCUUGCUGUGACUUAUUCAGAGCUGCAAACAGAGAGCAUUGAGGCCUUAACAGUCCAAGCAGAUCACAGCUACUCUUUGCUGCAGAGCGGAGGAAGGGAUAUGGAUAUGCUGCAGAGUGUGAGGGCAGAAAAGCCAGAUACAGAUGUCUUCAUUGAUCUGGAUGACCUGGUGACUGAAGCAAUGGAGGAGGAUAUCAGCAGCGAGCUGGAUGUCAGCAGUGAGCUGCCUUGCACUUUGGCCAUAGAGAACCCAGCAGAAGAUACAACAGAGCCCACAGAAAUAGAGCAGUUCCAGUUUAAAGAGAUUGUGCUCACUGAGGAGGAGAAACGGCUUUUGGCAAAAGAAGGCGUAACCAUUCCCACACACAUGCCCCUCACAAAGGCAGAGGAGAGGACUUUGAAGAGGGUCAGAAGGAAGAUCCGCAACAAGCAGUCUGCUCAGGAGAGCCGCAAGAAGAAGAAGGUGUAUGUUGAUGGACUGGAAAACAGGGUGGCCAUCUGUACUGCACACAACCUGGAACUACAGAAGAAAGUCCAAAUGCUUCAGAAACAGAACAUAUCAUUGAUUGAGCAGCUGAGAAAACUUCAGGCUAUGGUGAAGAUGUCGACCAUGAAGGCCAGCACAACCAGCACUUGUGUUAUGGUGUUCCUGCUCUCUUUCUGUCUCAUCAUCUUCCCGUCAGUCAACCCAUUUGGUGGAAACACUAAAGAAAAGGAGCUUUACACACCCUCCUCAAUCUUCUCCAGGAACCUGCGAUCGUUGCCAGCUGAAAGCACAGAUGCCAUAUCCUUCUCUCAACCCGAGGAGGAGAAGCUUUUAUUAGUGGGCCAAGGAGAGGUGGAGAAUGUUAAAGCCAUCUUUGCAGGCGGUCAGAAGAAUCACACUCCUGACUACCAGAGGGUGGAGCAACCUGACUCAGAAACAGGCGUCAACAGCAACUCUUCAGCAGACUUCCCAACUCUUGCUCAGGCAGCAGAGAUGAAGCAGGGGCCGGCUGGGGCAUUACAGGAAGGAUCUGUUGAUGCCGUAGUGGCAUCUGCUGUUGCAUACGAUGUGAAGGGUUCCAAGGAUACCUGGAUAGACCGGAAUCCUCCGUCUGUCAUAUUACAGCAGCACCGCUCUGAUGAGAUGUAGUAGGGACAUCAGUGUAACCAACAGAGGGAGCUGUAUUCCUAAUGAUUUGGGUGCUGGGGGAAAGGGAAAAAUAUCAUUAUUCAUCCAGAUAUAGGAUCCAUCUUUUCGUCCAUGCUUUUCCCCUCUGAAAGCCUUCUACUAGUUACUUUAUUUGCACUUUGUUCUUGUUUCCUUGUUCUAGCAGUUAAAAGGAACCGGGGAGAGAUUUUCAUAUUUUAGCAGGACAUUGCAGAGAUAUUAUAAAUGCCUGCAUUACUGGAGGGCACAUUCUACUGAGUUAGCACUGAGAGCUGUCAACGUAGUUACGAUAUGUUGUGCAUGACCAAAAUUUACCAGUAGAUUACUUAAAGAUAGAUUUGACUGUCACCAAAUGUGGAGGGAGUUUGAACACAUCAGCAGAUCUCAAUGCUAACAUGCUGCUUAUCAAUUCCAAAAAUCAUAAUUCUCAUAGCCAUAGUAAAUUAUGAAAAUGAGUAGUCUAGUAAUUUGUGCUGCAAAUUAGUCAGCAAUGUCUAUGGAGUAGUAGAAGAUAGAGCGCUUGAUUUUCAUGAAGCUUGAUCACAGUGGUUGUUCAACCACAGUAAUGCUUAAGCCAUUGCAGGACAUUUGGCCAUUUAGAAGACUUGUAAAGUUUGUCAGUAUUUCCCUUGUAACAAGGGUAUCCAUGCUUCUUUUAAUUUUGGAAUGCUUUGUUUUUAUUUGUUUUACAGUAAACUUGAAUCCUGGACAUAACCAUUGUUGGCUAAUCAACUACACCCCUGCAGUCGCCUCUUUUGUAACUUCAAUACACAGUUUUUAACUUCAUAAACUUGUCUGGAAUACCUUAGCACACGUGUAGGCAGAAUAAGGGGUUGGACUUAUUUACUCAGUAAACUUGCAGUAAAUACACUCAAAUGUUAUGACCUGUUUUGUCAGUAAAGCAUUUGUUUUUUUAAUUUUUGUGUAUUUUUUUGUUACUUUCUAUUAUAAAUGGUAUUGAAGCUACUUUCCAUUGUACUUGACAGGCAAGGAGAUUUUAAAUGUUAAUCAUUUUGAGCAAAAAUACUGGCAUUUGGAGUCGUCCAAGAAUGAAAUGUAAAUAUAAAAAGUGAUUGUUCCUCUUUCUGUAAAUUUGAACUCUUUAUGUAUAAUACAUGUCUGGACAACUAUAAUA